UCAUAAGUAGGUGGACAUCAUGCUCCUCUUGAAGCAAGAAGCUUUGCUCUUUAUCCAGCUGGUAAAUAUCUGGAGUGUCUCAACAGCAGAGCACUAUGAUGUGUUGGUGGUGUCCAGAGGAGACUCAGUCCUGUUCACUUGCAGUAUAUCUAAUGAAAAUACAACAUUAAUCCAAUGGACCAAAGGCAGAUGUUUUUUUUCAUACUCCUCCUCCAAUAAUCGAACUUUGUCAAAUUUCUCCUCUCACGCACUGAAAAUAGACACAAACAUACCUUCUACAUUAAGUAUCGAUAGUGCUCAGUUUGAUGAUGCAGGACUUUAUUUUUGUCAUAUAACUGAGACAACUGGCUUUUACAGCAUGAGAUGGAAUGUAACAGUUCUUGAAAAUCAAAACGCAAUCGGUUCAUCACUGGAUAUUACAAUCAUAUUUCCAUUUGCCAUUGGAUUGCUUUUAUCUUUCAUGACUACGGCUCUCUGCCUCUGCAGCAGGAGGAACAUAUCUGGAAACCAAAACCAGGACAGCAGAACAUUGACUUGGGUUCAAUACAACAUUAUGGAUGGGGCAAAGGCAGUUUCUUCACCAUUCCAAACUACAGCAAUGUGGAGGAGAACUGACAAGCAGGACAACGUGGAGGCAGUACUGAUGACCAGAGGAACAAUAAGCAAAUAACACCACUCAGGAAAUGACUGACGUAAAUAUAUUUAGUUCACACUUUGGUUUGAAGGAUUCAUCAAAAAGAUCCAGUUUGGAAGAUAUAACAUGUAUUUUAUUCUUAAAACUGGAAAUUCAAACAUGCAAUCUAAUGUAACUGUAACAUUUAACCUCUGUUUUCAACUGAAACAAUUUAUGAUGUUAGUGUCAUGUUUCUGAAAUGAUUUAUGAUGUUUCCUCUAAAUGUAUUUUUAUGUUACAAUGUGUCAAGUAUUCAAUAAUGGUACGCUUCGUGUCCCUUUAUAUUCUGAAAAAGCUUUCAAUGCACAUUCAUACAAUGUUUAUUUUAAUAGCAAUAAAUUCAGCUCAAUCAGACUCA